AUGGUGGAGGGGCCCUGCGGCUGGGAUUUGCUGACCUUCGUGCUGGACGAAGGCCGCACGGCUUGCGUGCUGCACCGGGAUGGGCAAUGGCUUUCUUUUGACCGCAGCUGUCCCCAUGCUGGCAUCGAUCUUCUUGGCGGAGAUCUCGAGGACCUCUCCGAGCUGGGAGCGGGGGUUGUGGUGGCUUGCCCGGCUCACACCUACCUCUUCGACCCAGUUGUUGGCACUUGCCUUUGGGAUGCCUCACGUGGUCUGCCGGAGACCCCGCCGCUGCAAACUUAUGAGGUCACUGAGAGUUGCGGCAACAUCCGCGUACGCCCGAGACCACUGCCGGCACGACCAUCCAGGGAUGAGUGGGAUCAGGCACGAGCAGAUCAGCUGCAGCUCGCUGCGGUGGACAAAGCGUUGGAGAGGAAAUUUCCUGAUUGA